ACGGCGGAGUAAAGGGGUGGGCGGUGGAGCUGAACUGCUGCGCUGGGGUGGUGGGCACCGAGGUCCGAGUCGAGGGCCCGGGAGGUGUCGCCGCCGCUCCUGGAAGGGCAGGGAGUGAAACUAUGUAGCCUUUUAAGAGACGGUCUCUGCCCCAUCUGAAGUCCAUAUGGCUCUAUAUGACGAAGAUCUCCUGAAAAAUCCUUUCUAUCUGGCUCUUCAGAAGUGGCGUCCUGACUUAUGCAACAAGGUGGCCCAAAUCCAUGGCAUUGUCCUGGUGCCCUGCAAGGGAAGCUUGUCAAGCAAUGUUCAGUCUACAUGUCAGUUUGAGUCCUAUAUUUUGGUACCAGUGGAAGAACACUUUCAGACCUUGAAUGGAAAGGAUGUCUUUAUACAAGGAAACAGGAUCAAAUUAGGAGCCGGCUUCGCCUGUCUUCUCUCAGUGCCCAUUCUCUUUGAAGAAACUUUCUACAAUGAGAAAGAAGAAAGUUUCAGCAUACUGUGUAUAGCCCACCCUUUGGAAAAGAGAGAGAGUUCAGAAGAGCCUUCAACAUCUUCAGAUCCCUUUUCCCUGAAAACCAUCGAAGAUGUGAGAGAGUUUUUGGGAAGACACGCAGAGAGAUUUGAUAGGAGCAUUGCCUCUUUCCAGCGAACAUUCCGGGAAUGUGAAAGAAAGAGCCUGCGUCAUCACAUAGACUCGGUGAAUGCUCUCUACACCAAAUGCCUCCAGCAGCUUCUGAGGGACUCUCACCUGAAAAUGCUUGCCAAGCAGGAGGCCCAGAUGAACCUGCUGAAGCAGGCAGUGGAGAUGUACGUCCAGCACGAUAUUUAUGACCUGAUCUUUAAAUAUGUGGGGACCAUGGAGGCAAGCGAGGAUGCUGCCUUUAACAAAAUCACAAGAAGCCUUCAGGAUCUUCAGCAGAAGGAUAUUGGUGUGAAACCUGAGUGCAGCUUCAACAUACCUCGUGCAAAGAGAGAGCUGGCUCAGCUGAACAAAUGCACCUCUCCGCAGCAGAAGCUGGUUUGUUUGCGGAAGGUGGUACAGCUAAUUACACAGUCUCCCAGCCAGAGAGUUAACUUGGAGACCAUGUGUGCUGAUGAUCUGUUAUCAGUCCUGUUAUAUUUGCUUGUGAAAACGGAGAUCCCUAAUUGGAUGGCAAACCUGAGUUAUAUCAAAAACUUCAGAUUUAGCAGCUCAGCAAAAGAUGAAUUGGGGUACUGCCUGACCUCCAUUGAGGCUGCAAUCGAAUACAUUCGGCAAGGAAGCCUCUCCGUCAAGCCGCCUGAGUCUGAAGGAUUCGGUGACAGGCUGUUCCUGAAGCAGAGAAUGAGCUUACUGUCUCAGAUGACUUCAACUCCCAUUGAUUGUCUGUUUAAGCACAUUGCCUCAGGUAACCAGAAAGAAGUGGAAAGACUUCUGAGCCAAGGUGACCAAGAUAAAGAUGCCGUCCAAAGGAUGUGUCAUCCUCUGUGCUUCUGCGAUGACUGUGAGAAACUGGUCUCCGGGAGGCUGAACGAUCCCUCCAUUGUCACUCCAUUUUCCAGAGACGACAGGGGUCAUACACCACUCCAUGUGGCCGCCCUCUGUGGGCAGGCAUCCCUCAUUGACCUCCUGGUUUCCAAAGGCGCGGUGGUAAACGCCACGGACUAUCACGGGUCUGCCCCGCUUCAUCUCGCGUGCCAGAAGGGCUAUCAGAGCGUGACGCUGCUGCUGUUGCACUACAAAGCCAGCCCCGAGGUGCAAGACAACAACGGCAAUACGCCUCUCCACCUGGCCUGCACCUACGGCCACGAAGACUGUGUGAAGGCUCUGGUCUACUAUGACGUGCAGUCAUGCAGACUGGAUAUUGGUAACGAGAAAGGAGACACCCCACUCCACAUAGCUGCACGUUGGGGCUACCAAGGCAUCAUAGAGACAUUGCUACAAAAUGGAGCAUCCACGGAGAUCCAGAACAGACUGAAAGAAACACCCCUCAAGUGUGCCCUAAACUCAAAGAUUCUGUCAAUAAUGGAAGCCCGUCAUUUGUCCUUCGAGAAGAGGAGGAAGUCUUCCGAGGUCCCAGUGCAGCCCGCUCAGCGCCCUGUGGAUUCCAUCAGCCAGGCCUCCUCUACCUCCAGCUUCUCCUCUGUGUUGGCACGCUCCGUACAGGAGCCCAAGAAGGACUACAGAGAGGUAGACAAACUUUUAAGAGCGGUUGCUGAUGGAGAUCUAGAAAUGGUGCGUUACCUUUUGGAGUGGACAGAGGAGGACCUGGACGAGGUGGAGGACACCGUCAGUGCAGAAGAUGUUGACUUUUGUCACCCCUUGUGCCAGUGCCCGAAGUGUGCUCCGGCUCAAAAGAAGCUGGCAAAGAUCCCUGCCAGUGGGCUCGGUGUGAAUGUGACCAACCAGGACGGCUUCUCCCCACUGCACGUGGCUGCCCUGCACGGUCGGGCGGACCUCGUCCCCCUCCUGUUGAAGCACGGUGCCAACGCAGGUGCCAGAAAUGUGAACCAAGCCGUCCCGCUCCACCUGGCCUGCCAGAAGGGCCACUUUCAGGUGGUGAAGUAUCUCCUGGAUUCUAACGCAAAACCCAAUAAAAAGGACAUAAGCGGAAACACACCGCUCAUUUACGCCUGUUCCAAUGGCCACCACGAAGUCGCGGCGCUGCUGUUACAGCACGGGGCCUCCAUUAAUGUCUGUAACAACAAGGGCAACACGGCGCUGCACGAGGCUGUGAUCGAAAAGCACGUCUUCGUGGUGGAGUUGCUUCUCCUUCACGGGGCAUCAGUUCAGGUCUUGAACAAGAGGCAGUGCACGGCUCUAGACUGUGCUGAACAGAAUUCAAAAAUAAUGGAAUUACUUCAGGUGGUACCGAGCUGUGUGGCCACGUCAGGCGACGCUGACGAGACGGACCACAAGGAGUACGUUACUGUUAAGAUCCGGAAAAAAUGGAACUCAAAAAUGUAUGAUCUACCAGAUGAACCUUUUACAAGACAGUUUUACUUUGUCCACUCAGGUGGUCAGUUUAAGGGAAGGACUUCAAGGGAGAUUAUGGCGAGGGAGAGAAGUGUCCCUAAUUUUACUGAAGACUGUUUGCAUGAGCCAGGGAGGCAAAAGGUUACACGGGAGCAGAACAGCCUGCCAGACCAGAGGGGACCUGAGACUGCGGGCAGAGGAAGCAGCAGUCAGCCCGAGAGGCCCGGGCUGAAACAAAGCGUUCCUGCGAGCCGGCGGAUGCUGCGCAGACACACCGUCGAGGACACGGUCGCAGCCAAGAGCCCCGGGACCGCCGGAGACCCAGCUGCUCCCCGAGAGGCUGCUAUUACUUCCCAGUCUUAACAGCGGUAAGCGGUUGUUAAGUCGGCUGCCAGGAGGUGAGUCCUCAACAAGAAGGUGCCGAGCAGGAACGCAGCUGAGAACUGACCUGUACUUUGCGUUUGGUUUGAGAGUAAAGCAGAAAGUUCCCGAAAGCUUUUCUGUGGCCGAGGGAAAGAAUGCAACAAAGAAAACCACCACCAUCUCUCUCCUCUUCAGAGCUCAUGAAUGCACUGGAAAAGGAAUACACAGUUUCCAGUGGUGUCCCGAUCCCCGAGACCGGGUGUGGGCUUCUUCUGAAGCAGCCCGCCACCUGGCUGCAGCGAUGGCUUUCAUCACCGGGUUCUGUCCUCCCACCGCAAGGUGCUAACCUCUGCCGUGUGUACAGAUUAGCAAACCACCGGCUAAAGAACCCUGCCCUCUGGGAUAGGCUGUGGAGAAGCAGCGUGGGCUCCAGGGCACCGUGGAGACCGGGCGGACGGGACGCGCUGGCCUGGAGAAAAGAGGGCCUGGAAGAUAUUCCUUUGCAAAGCAGCACUCGAGCCCAAAGAUGUCCCCGUGCCAGUGUGGUGUUCAUUUUAGUGAAAAGGACAUUUAUGACCUGUUCUGCACUAUGUAUGUGGGGAAGGUUGGGUGUAAUUUUUCUUCCAACAAAGUAAGUACAGGUGUUUGGUCACCGCACAUACGCACCCGUAUCAGUGUCUCUCGAAACCUCCCCUCCCGUUAAAAACCUCCCUUGGAUGUCACACCUGCCGGAUGGUUCCUGAGCUAGAGAGAUUUGGCACAUCUUUCCUUAGUCUUUUGAUUCAGAUUCAAAACUUACAGCACAAACCAGGUCAGAGUUACUUUCGGUUAGAAUUUAUUGCCAUUUAUUCCUUUUUAUAAAUUUCUAUAGAUUAUACUUAUUUUUUUAUGUUACUAAUUGGCCUACAGCUGCAAACAUGGGUUUGUCCUGAGUACAUUUUCAAAUAACUUUGUAAUAGGGACAUGGUUUUGUGCAUGUUCUUGGAAAUACUUGUGUAUGUAUAGAAGGGAGGGACUGAUUAUUUUUCUACAAAGUAAUUUAUGAUUUCUAAUUUUCUAAUGUGCCUUGGAUCUGUGCCAAAUGAUGGGAAAGAAAACAGUAAACUCUAUGAUUCUUGAGCGUGUCAUGGUACACUUCUUUAGUUGGUCUUUUGCUCUGGAGAGAUGUGUGUUUCUCAUCCUCUCCGCUAUAAACGUGUGCUUUGUGUAUGGAAAGAUCUUCCCCCAUUGGAUGGAUACACACUUCUCACUGAAAUAUGUAAACCGGAUCAUUCAGAGCAGACCCUCACCCGUUCGCCUCCCUAGGACUGACUGAGGCUAGCAGGUGCAAUGCCCAGAAAAAGGUUUUAAUUUUUUAAAAAACCAGAACAGAAGCGAAUGCAAUAGAGCUUUUUAGCCCCAACAGGAAAUAAGCACUGUUGCUUUGCGAAUUUCUUUAUUCAGGUUUAUUUUUCCUCCUUUUCCACAGUAUUAAACAAAACGACCUCACUGACGUAAGUCGCGGUGUGCUGCCCUCCUAGUUAAGAAAUCGUGUCCUGUGCAGUUUGUCAGCCAAGCUGCAAAUACACGCAUUUGAUAUCCCCUCAUUUUCUGGGUGGUACGAUAGAAUUUUGGAAACUAUUUAAUUCUAACGGUCGCCCCGACUGGUAGAAUUGUCAAAUGUUGAAAUAGGUUCAGAGAAAGAAGGGUGAUUUGCUGGCACUAUCAGAUCUGGGGUCACGGCCUGCUUGGUGCGGUCAUCUGAACUGGCAGUUUCCAGUGCGGUGUGUCUUCUGGAGAUGCGAGUACCUUGAAUGAGAUGGUCGAUUUUAGGGGAGAAGCUUCUUCCUGAGCUACUCUGCGAUUAGCAGGGUGAGCUGUCUGAAGUGACUACCUCAAUUAUUUUUUAAAACUUGUUUUUCUCCAAUUCUUUCCCACUUAAAACUUCAUUUGACCACUCAGAAAUUGGUAAUGCCCCAAUUUCUAUACUGUGUGAGAAUGCUUUGAAUUCAAAGUAUUGUCAAUUAAAUUAGAAAGCUUAGAAUAACCACGCCCCAUUUCCUAGGCUGCCUUGCAGAACUUUUAUCCUUGUGUACAGAACCACUUUCCAUCCUCGUGUCCUUCGAGGACAGGACAGAUGCCGUCAGGACAGUGGUUAUUCUGCAGGAGGAAGCAUGUAACAAAACUUGCAGAGAAUCAUCUAGUCUCCUUCCAGCAUUUUUAUGUAAAUAAGACCUAAAGCAAAGUUUACCUAUAACUGGGAUGUGCUUCUCCGCCCCCCUCCCCCCCCCGCCAAAAUCCCUGAGCAAAACUUCUAUUUGACUCUAAUUCUGUUCCUUUUAAAAAAUUUUGAUGUCAAAAGUUCUAUUCAUUAGUUUGUUUAUUCAGGAAUGCUAGAUGCUCCAACACGGACUUUAUUGGCCACAGUUCCAAAUUUCAAGUCCCCAAAUGAGUAACAUCUCAAAUACACAGUUUAGAUAUAGAUCAGCAGUAUGCUCAUCAGAGAGAUUGGAAUUCUAAACCAUUUUUCCUGUUACUUUCCUGUCACCAAUCCUAUUCCCUUCAUAUUAAAUGUUAUGAACUUACUCCUGGGCUAAGGCCUCUAAAAGGUUACACCAAACAGCUCACUUGAGAAGUAAAUUUAUGAGUAAAGGUUUCAAAAUCUAGUGGGAGGAAAGCACAAUAGAUGACAUGUGCUUUCGAUUACCUGCAAUUUUAUCGGUGAAGAACUCCAACAAUUCUACCAAAAUGUUUAAUUGCUAAAGUUAGAAGGCACUUAGUUUCAAACAUGUUGGUUAUCGUUCCAGUAUUACUAUCAGUGUCUCCUAGUUAUUUUGGUAAUUUUCUGCAAUGCAAGUACCACUGUCUUGGAUUGGGGUAAUAUUUGUUAAGAUAAUAUAGUCUCAGUGCCUUUGAAAAGUAGGUUAUAAAUGAAACCAAAGUGAGGAAUUUCCUUACCUUAAACAUACAGAUUAUCUUCAGGAAGAAAAAUAGUGUACCUGGUUUCAGAGCCUAGAUUUUGGAAAUAUUAGAUGUUAAACAUUAAAAGUUGAUUCCUCUCAAUCCAUGGGUUUUAACUACCAUGUUACUGGAUGCUAUUUCCUUCUCACUGAAGAGUAAGCCAGCGUCUAUGUCUGCAAAGGCCAUUUUCCUAACACUAAUGUCACAGUUACAAAGAAUAUAUUCAUGCUGCUACACGUUUAUAAACUUUUGGUAUGAAAGAAAAAAUUCCAAACGCAGAUCUGUUCAUUCGGCUAUGGUACAAAAAAAACUUUGCCCAAAUUGUUUUAUUUUGCAUAACAAGUUUAUUUUUUUAAAAGGCAUAUAGACAAUAAACAAAGUAAACAAUCAGA